AGCACAUUUACACCAUUAUGAAACCUACAGGACUGUCGAUUUGGAGAGCUCUCCGCGCGCAGGCUUUUGACUUUCCAGUCUGCCACAGUUGUCGCAGAUGGAUCGCGACAGGUCGAUUAAGAGUCACUGAAAAUGACACUGUCCUCCUCCGACGCAAGGAUGACCUUAACGCCGGCCCAAUCUUUACUGGACCCUUGACGCGAGGCAAGAAGGUUCAAUCGCAUACGGGCAAUAUCGGGCAUGAUGAGAUCAUUGGCAAGGAGAUCAGGGAUGUCGUCAGAACAAGCCGGGGCAAAGAAUAUCGUAUAUACCAGCCGACAUUGGCCGAAUACGUGACCCUCACUCCUCGCAUAGUAACUCCUAUUUACCCCGCAGACGCAAACCUAAUAGUAUCAUUAUUAGACAUACACGUUACUCCGCCAGAACCUGGAACCGAAGACGAGGCCGGGCCCUUGGAGAUUCUUGAAGCAGGAACCGGUCAUGGUGCUUUAACCCUUCACUUGGCUCGAGCGAUUAGUGCCGCGAAUGGCCGUUCGCCGAAAAUUCCACCGCUUUCAGCUCAAGCUAUCAACAAAGUCGUGUCCAAGGACCAUGUCCAAGAUCCGAUUGAAGAUGCGGACGCAAGCAAUGACGCUCUAGAAGGAACUUCAUCUGAAGAAGUAGCCAGAGCAUCCCCCGAGGAAGAGGCAUAUGAGCAAUGGAAGCGCGCCCGAAGCGCAAUAAUCCAUACGGUUGACGCAUCUGCCGAGCGCUCAGCUCAUGCAGAACGGAUAGUUCGCGGCUUCCGACACGGCAUAUACGCUGGGAACGUUGACUACCACGUAGGCGACGCUUCGCAAUGGAUAAAGGAACAAUUUCAAACACGGCAUGCAAGCUCUGGAGAGGAGCCGGGCAAGGCAGAGCCGUUCCUCUCGCACGUAAUACUUGAUCUACCUGGCACGCACCACCAUCUGGACACCGUAUCCCAAGCGCUGAGAGUGAACGGUGCGCUUGCGGUAUUCAAUCCGAGCAUUACACAGAUUACCUCUUGCGUGCAAAAGAUCCGGCAACAAAGAUUGCCUCUUGUGCUAGAGCAGGUCGUCGAGCUUGGUGCUGGCUCUACGGGAGGCCGGGAAUGGGACGUUCGGGCCGUUCGACCCCGGGUCCUCGAUCGAAUGCAAGCGCAACCCGCCAGCGACUCAAGUGACGGCGAAUCUACCGCUAAUGGUCAAUCGCCAAAUGAAGCGCAAGAAACGGAGAAACCGCAAACUACCGAUUCAAGGGAAGACGGGUGGGAAAUGGUAUGCCGGCCAAAAGUCGGCGCCAGAGUAGUGGGAGGAGGAUUCCUUGCCAUUUGGAAGCGCAUGAAGCCGACACUGACGGGAGAGUAAUUGCAAUAAUUCCGCCUCGUUCCUAUGAGCGCCGUACAGAGAUUAGACUCCUAGGUCUGCAACACAGUAUAUAAUGCAUCGAGCGAACAAGACGCAAAACCCCCACUCUAAGAUUCUGCGAAUGCUUUCAACUCUUUUUAGAGGUAUUAUAGAUAUGAGCACCAUGUAUACAAACACAAUCUGAGAAUAGACACGCCAAUAUCAAAUC